UUCCAUCAGCUGCUGUGGUCACUGGUCAAGAUCAAGAUGACGACCAAGCAGCCGGAAUACUCCGACGCCAGCCGCGACUCACUUGUCGUCCAGCUUGCCGGUAAUGGCGGUUCGCGGCCUUGCCGGAAAAAGGGUGGGUGGAUCACCUUCCCCUUCAUCAUAGGAACCAGUAUGAUGCUGGGACUCGCUGUGAAUGGUGCAUUCGCAAACAUUAUCGUCUACCUCGUCCAACAAUUCAAUGUUGAUCAGAUCACCGCAGUGCAGAUCUUGAAUGUAUAUAAUGGAUCCACCAACAUUACCCCCGUCGUUGGUGCCAUCAUCUCAGAUUCCUGCCUCAGAGCUUUCACGGUUAUCCUGAUAUCUUCACUCGUUUCCUUCGUGGGUCUUAUUCCAUUGACUCUAACAUCUAUCUUGCCGUCACUUCGACCCUCACCUUGUGCACCUACAAGCAAUCCAUGUGAAACAGCAUCAGCAUUUCAGUAUGCAGUUCUCUACAUCUCAAUGGCUUUAGUUGGUGUAGGGAUUGGAGGCACAAGGUUUACAAUAGUCACGUUUGGGGCGAACCAAUUUGCCGACGGCACGAGCCGGGAAGUUUUCAUUAAUUGGUUCUUCUUCUCAUUCUAUGCUGCAGUCAUCUUGGCUGGCACAAUUGUUGUGUAUGUGCAAGAUAAUGUUGGGUGGGCUUGGGGUUAUGGCUUUUGCUUAGUUGCUAAUAUCAUUAGUGUCAUCAUCUUCAUUAUUGGCAAAUGGCACUACAAAGAUGUCAGGCCCCAGGGGAGCCCUUUCACUAGCAUCGUCCGCGUUCUGGCCGCGGCAAUCCGAAAGAGGAGAGUGGCAUUGUCACCAAAUGCUGAGGACUACUUCUACCAAGAUGACAGUAUUGAGGUGGCCAAGAAGCAGCCAUGUCUAUUAACUCCAAAAUUCAAGUUUCUCAACAAAGCAGCCCUUGUGAUGGAAGGAGACACCCACUCCAAUGGAACAAUAGCAAAAUCAUGGAGGCUAUGCACCACUCAACAAGUAGAAGACCUCAAAACACUCAUCAAAAUACUACCAAUUUGGUCUAGCAGCAUAUUCCUCAGCAUUCCCAUUGGGGUCCAAGCUAGCAUGGCUAUACUUGAAGCCCUCACCAUGGACCGUCACUUGGGCUCCCAUUUCUCUAUUCCGGCAAGUUCAUUCUUGGUCUUCACCUUCCUUGCUGCAGCCAUCUUCAUUGCUGUCUUAGACCGUGUCAUCUACCCAAUUCUCCACAAGUUAUUGGGGUGGUCACCGACACUCUUCCAGCGCAUUGGUGCCGGCCAUUUGAUCAGUAUCAUGGGAAUGGUAGCAGCAGCUCUAGUCGAGGCCCGGCGACUAAGUAUAGCACAUAGUCAUGGUACCAUGGACCAGUCCAAUGCAACUGUUCCCAUGUCUGCCCUUUGGCUUGUGGCUCCCUUAGCACUGGUAGGUGCUGGAGAAGCGUGCCAUCUUCCAGCUCAGAUGAGUUUCUACUUUGAGGAGUUUCCGGCACCGUUAAAGGGCUCGUCGGCGGCGAUGAUGGCCGUGAUCAUUGCCAUUGGAUUUUAUCUGAGUGCUGCUGUGGUGAAGAUAGUGAAGGCCUCAACUAGUUGGUUGCCGAAUGAUAUUAAUCAUGGGAGAAUGGACAAGGUAUUUUGGAUGCUUGGGGUGGUGGGAGCUUUCAACUUUUGUUACUUUGUUUUAUGUGCCAAGUUGUACAAAAGAAAGCCUUCGAUCAAACAUUGAAUUGCUUGCAUCAGAGAAGUGCGAGAAAUGGGUAAUAUGUAUGAAUAAUAAAAUUCUCAAUAUAUGUUCAUAGGUCUAA